AUGCAUGGUAAGAAACUAGACUUCGUGUGCUCCGAGCAUAUGCUGCUUUACGAGCCCUUCACUAUCCUCAAACGAAGGGCCGGUGAAAAGGUCGUUUUAGAAGGAUUCUUUGGGAAGGUCUUCGACGCUCUGAGAGAAAUUACCAACUUUACAUCGACUUGCCACCGCGUGAGAGACGGCCAAUGGGGCUCUGUCGUGAACGGCGAAUGGACAGGCGUGUUCAAGGAGCUGUCUGACGGAACAGCUGACAUCGCAGUCGCUCCACUGUCCAUGUCGGUGGUCAGGAGCACUAAGGCUGACUUCCUGAUUGGCUUGAUGGUGUCUGGAAAUCAGUCAUCGGCAAUGAAACAUGUGCACAUUAUAUCUUGCGAUAUGCAUUAUGGAAGUCAUCUCAUCUGCACAGUUUUCUUGUUCACACACCUGUGCAUACACAAAUACAGGUUCAAAAUAGUACUGAAACGACCUUCUAACGAGGACUACAUUUGGACUGUCUACACGAAGCAGUUCGAACCCGGAGUCUGGGGGGUUCUGACUCUCCUUACGACUGCCCUGUGCUUCAGUUUAUCGAGAAAACGCCCCGAACGUGGAAUCGUCCUGAUGCUCCUGGUGCUACAAGUCCUCCUCUUGGCCUUCUAUACGAGUAACCUGGUCUCCGCCCUCACCGUUGGACCUCCUCUGCCUCCGAUGGAAAACCUGGAGGACGUGUACAGCGAUUCCUCAAUCACUAUUGGGUUCACGAGGGGUUCUACCAUUGCUAAUGAAUUCAACACCGACAACCCUUUAUACCAAGCCAUCCUGCACCGCCUGAAGGACAAAGACCUUGUCAUGUCUCCUGAAGAAGGCGUCGCACGAGCGCUGAAGGGGGGCUACGCUUACAUGGUCUGGGAAUUCUUCUACAAGAUGAACUUUGGCAGCGAAUGCGGGGCCUUCCUUCUCUCUCCUUCGUAUUUCCCGCACCAGGCGUCCAUUGCCAUGCCGAAGGACUCGCCGCUCGUCCCCGUACUGAAUAAAGUACUCUUGGACAUCCAGUCUGUCGGUCUCCUUCGGAAGUGGUGGAUGGAGAUUGACGUUGCUCGCGCUGAUUGCAACGCCCUCGUCACGGCGCCCAUCGAACUAAAGACGGUCCUCACACCCUUCCUCCUGCUGGGUUUCAGUCUCCUGGUUUCCCUGGGCAUCCUAGCUGUAGAAGUCGUCGUUUAUAGGAAUAAAAGACCUAAUACAUUUUAG